UUUCGAGGAAAAACCUCGGACAAAAGCCGUAACGACACUUUAUAUUUAUAUAAAAGAUUGAAAUAGUGGUACAUGGACUAACGAUACCCGAGUUCAAUACAUUCAAAAUGGCGGCAUGUACCGACGGCGACGAGAUAUGUGAACAUGAGCUUGCUGCUGACUUCAUUCCAAACUCCGCAUCCCGCUGGAAACGGUGCCAUGCUGAAAAACUGAACAUCUAUUGUGUACCUAUUCACAAGUCGCAGUACUACAUGAAUCCCCUUGACGGCGUGGUCGAUCAGCAGGUCCAGAAGUCUGCUGCCGGCUUUUCUGCCACUGAUCGGAAAUUUAGGUCUAAGUGUAGACGUAGGCCUAGUGCCACUGCCAGAAGUACUAGUACAUCUGCAUCUAAUAGGUCUACAUCUACCAGUGAACUACAGAAAUCCUUACACUCGCGAUCACAGCAGCAGGCAGAAUCGGCUCUGCCUGUGGCACUGACUGCAGAGACAGACUCAUUGCGAUUGACACCAUUGCCAACGGCGGCAGAGUUGCACAUCAAAGAAAACAAAAGAUUCAUCCGUGUCCAGUAUGAAUAUGAUUACAAAAGCCUUCUGCGAGACAUGAUAAAGCCGCACCUUGAUCCAGACAAGUGUGACAAGUGGUGGGCAAAAUUUGAACUCGAAGUGGUGCGAAGGUACAACAUUAUGGAAAUUGUCGAUAGAAACUUAACCCAGCCAGAUAUUGAUGAGGAGAUGUCCUUGGCAUUUUCGGAAUCAUUCAUGGCUCGAACCCCAAGCUCGGGCAAUGGAGCAGGUAAGCAUGAAUGCCAAGACCCAAGUAAGAAAAUUCUGGAAGAUCUUUUGAAAGAUGUACAAGAGGAAGAGGAUAGAGUAAAAUUUCUACGUCAGAACACAUUGGCUGACCAAUCUAUGGACACUGCAUGGAGAACUCCUGUUUCCAGGGCAUUCGACUUCCUUGAUUUCCGUCUCACUAUGUUCUGCUUGCAUUUCUUGGAAGCUCUUGACAGUUUGAUAGAGAACCAUGUUAAUGGCUUGCCCAGUGAUGAACAUUGCUUUGAAAAUCUUUUUCAAACAUUUGCAAGAAUAUUCUUCUUGGAAUUGAGAAUAGCCUCAAAGCGCUCCAUGAAUUUAUUUGGUGAGAAUGUGUCAUCCAUCCCUAACCUGCGUUGUGAGGUUUUACAUGGUCAUCGGCUGCAAGGAGGACUGGUCAUCACAGUUGCUGAGGUAAAACCGCAUGUGAAAGAGUCACAACCUAUUUCCAGCUACAAUCUGCCUUCAGGAGGCCCAAGUGAGGAAUCCUUUGAAAACCCUGAUGAUUUUGACUUACCAGAUGAAGUAUUUGGUCAACAUGCUGCAGAGCUUCUUGUUGAGCUUCCAUACACAGCACUAACUCGUUUUGGCAACAAGGAAUGCAUUUUUGGUAUGAUUAUUCAGUGCACAAAGGUUCGUCUGACCUGUCUACAUAUGUCUGAUGAGCACCUACAGAUGUUACAGGAAAGUGAGCCCAUAGAGCUGAAUGCAGACGAUAAGGCUAAAAUACAUUAUUCUAGACCGUAUGAUAUAUUGAAUAGGGAGGACCGAAAACAUCUGGCAUACAUUCUGCUACUGUUUGCUUAUUUAACUGAUAAUGAUGUAUUUUUGAAGUAGGAAAUGGAAUGGACUUCUUGUUCAUGUAGCUCCAUGCAUUUCUAUAACCUAUGUGACGGCCGAAAUACUCGUCACACAAGGAGACAUGGACAGGAUAACGUAAUGAAAAGACAGAAGUGAACACGUCGAAUCCUCAAUGGCAAAUGCGCAGAUUCAAACGAACCUACGCCCUUUAUUGAACACAAAGAAAAUAUCAAGGGCCACGAGCCCUGAUUGGACAUGCGGGACAACAAAUAGGCCUAGCUACAAGUUGUAUUAUACCUCAGCGAAUGUGCAUGCGGUGUGAAAGGAGAAUUAGUCCCGGAAUCUAUGACAACCUGUGCAAAUACAGUUUUCUCAUGUUCUUACAGUUCAGCAGACAAGAGUAAAGUCUUUAGGCCAUUAUAACCAAGGGCCUUACAAACGUGAGAAAACUAUAUAUUGUAGUUUCAGAAAAUUAAGACCACGUCAUCAUCAGCCUUAUGUUGCCCUUGUCAUAAGGUACUGAAUAGAUACAAAAAGACUACAGCCCAGGUGAUCAUUUCUGAAGGCUAUUGACAGAUAGGCCUGGCUCUGUAGAAGUCACCUAUUGGCUAUCUCCAUUGAAAAUAUUGAAACAUACGCAUAAAUGGCUUUAAUUAGCCAAACUUGGGUAUCAUGAUGAUUGACUUCAGUUCAUAAACUUGCACAAAAGUCACCAUUUCCUUCUAAAAUGUUGUCUGUAUCGAAAUUCUUUUCAACUUAUUUUGAGCAAUUUAGAGCAAUUUUUGGGCGUCUGCCCUUAAACUAUUCCAGUCGGAAGUUGUACGGAUGAUGAAAGAUUUCCUGUA